AUGGUGUCUGCAUAAUCUUAGGCACGCAUCUGUUCACUUGAUGAUGUUGUUAUGAACAGAUGUUAUGCUUAACCUAUCGUCAAGACCCUAAAGGAAUCCCAAUUUGCGCAUUUUGAGAAUGAAAAAUCGGCAACCAGUCCUACCUAAAUUAGAACCCAUCAUGUCUGCAGGAACUGCACCACAAGUGUCCCCACCUGUAGGAGUAAAUAAUGGACCAGCUUCAACAACACCUGUAGUAGCGACGCCCCCAUCUGGAGCUCCAAUCCCCCAAGCUGCACAAGGGCCCCCACCUGCAAGCGUCGCUCCAUCAGCACCUGCAGUUGGAAUUCCCGGCCCAGGAAAUGGAAUACCUCAAGGAAAACCAGCGUCCCCAACAGAAGGCAUCACAUUAGGCGGAGCUGCAUCUCCAAACGACAUACCAAUGACACCAUCUGAAAAGGGAGGAUCACAGAACGUUCCGGAGCCUGAGCAACUGGAGACCCUGACCACCUCUCCAUUCGCUGUCACAAGCACCCUACCAGUCCUUGCUGCUCCUGCCACACACUGGCCGAGCCAGCAGCCAGUCCGUAAGCCCAUAUCCGUAAACCUAAAAGCAGCAACCGAUGGAGAUGCCGUUGCUGUUCGUGGAAAUGCCAAAGAACCUCCACCCCCUACGACGACGUUGCAAGAACCAUAUCGGCGGUGCCACAAGGAAGCGCCGCCACUCAGAUUCAAGAAAGCCCGACGAGACGAUGUCGCACCACCGGGAAAAUGCGAGGCAGCCGUGAUCCAUGGCCUGACCACAAUGUAA